ACAUAAACAGGAACUGCAACAAUGGAGGCGAGCAUGAAGCCCGUGGGUGUAUGACAGCAUGUAAACGGCAAAUCAAGCGCAAAUCCACCAAAAUCAUAAUGCACGCUUUCUAAACGGACAAUUAAAUGUUCUACGUGUGAAAUCGACAGAAUGGCUUCGUGGUCGGAGAAAAUGCUACAACUGCUGCGUCGAAUGAAUAACUUUCAUUUACCAGGUUCUAGUUUAGAGAGCUGUCUACGUUUUAAGGUGGCUGGUGAACAGGUUGGAUGGAUUUCCCCAAAAGUAGCAUCAAUUCUUGGGCGUUUUCCUGCUGUCUUCAGACCAUACGGGAGCACUAUAACCUUCAGCUCCGGUCUUGACACUUUUGAGAGCAGAUCAGUGGCCGUGGAUGAGGUCUUGCAUGAGCUGAGGAGAGAGGCAACAUUCACCUGUCUCAUAGGCUGGAGAGAUGAGCAAUAUGCUGUGAUGCCCAGGUAUUGCGACCCUCCGCUGAUGUAUAUGGAGAGAGCAGCUACAAGUCUGUUUGGAGUGAAACGGUACGGCGUCCAUAUCAAUGGCUACACUCGGGAUUCAAGUGGCAACCUUAAUAUGUGGCUGGCACGACGAUCUCUGACCAAACAGACAUAUCCAGGAAGACUUGACAACAUGGCGGCUGGAGGACUGGCAGCAGGCUGUAGUGUAAGGCAUACCAUGGUAAAAGAGUGUGAAGAGGAGGCCUGUAUCCCUCCAGGCCUGGCAGAGCAAGCACGUCCUGUGGGAACCGUGAGCUACACCUACGAAGAUGACGAAGGAAUAUUUCCGGAGUGUCAAUUUGUCUUUGAUUUAGAGCUGCCUCUCAAUUUUCAGCCUCACAUUGGAGACGGAGAAGUGCAAGCGUUUUACUACUAUCCAAUAGAGAAGGUAAAAGAUCUCCUGGUCAGUGAGGAGUUCAAGCCAAACUGCGCAAUGGUGGUUCUGGACUUCCUCAUCAGACAUGCCAUUAUUGAGCCAGACUCAGAGCCCUAUUAUCACGAAUUUGUGGCUGGAUUGCACAGAUCACUGUAAAAACUGACUCAUGUGUACUUGUUUACUGAAGACCACAUCUGGCCGAUGAAGACAUUUUACGCCAACAUAACCCGAGAAGAGAAGAGACACAGGAGAAGAGACAGAGAAUAAUGACCCAAGCAAAGUUACCCUAUAAGAAUUUAUUUUUUCAAUACAUUUCAAAUGAGACUGUGGAAAUCCAAAGAUGCACUGGUAUACAAAAGAUAAUUGAUGCAUCAAAGGCUCUUUUUUUUUCUUACAAUGAAAUGUAGAAUCUCUUCUAAGAAAUGACUUGCAUUUAAUAAUAUGGCAUUAAACAGCUCUCUCAAAGUCACAUUUUCGCAACCUUUCUCCUUCUUUCUUUUAAAACGUUUAAAUUCUACGAUACUAGAAUUUGUAAAAUACGCAAAAACGAUAUUGUGUAAGCCAGUAGAAUUUCACAAUAAAAAAAAGAAAA